UAUGGACGUAACGCCGGAUUAUCCGCUAGGGGAAACCGGGGGAAGGCCCGGGCGAGCAUCAUGGGUCGGGGUAGUACGACGAGGCCGCGGGGGCGGGAGGCAGCGACGGAAGACGCCGCGGGGCCGUAGGCAGCGACGGAAGUUACUGCUUGGUAAGUUAAUAUCGCGGGCCGAAGGACGCCGGGGGUGAAAUGCAGAAACUAAUGUAGAGAGCUGAAAUACGUCGAAGAAUAUCCUUGAGCUAGAAAGAACCGAAGGUCGAGAGAGAAGAACGAGGCCGAUCGGUAGCUUGAGCACACAUUUCCGCUCCCGAACAGGAGUACAGCACACUUUUGGCACUUUCCCGCGCAGGAGUAUUGAUCACGCGCCUUGCAGAAAGGAAGGAGGGGAGGACAAUCCGCACUGUGGACCUAGAGGAGCACAUGGUGUAGAGAAGUCGUAGGCGUUCGACGAAUUUGGUCACAAGAUGGAAGCAUGUCAGGGUGCGGAGCCCGUUUCAACUAGCAUGGCCGAUAAUUGCCCAGGCGAGGCGAUGGCCUCCGUCCCGGGACCUAAAGUAGAGCCCUCCGAAGCUGUUAAGGCAGGUGCUACCUCUUCGACAGGCGGUGCAUCAGGAGUAAAACCACUAAACAGUGGUCGAACAGUGUCCGAAAGUCAAAAUGUUACCAACGACUCGGCAGACUCCAGCAGGAGGCCAACGCCUCAAUUUAUAGAAGGACUUGAAAGGUGUUUCAUGCAUCUUUGUGAGGUUUGUCUUUGCUUGGACGAGAAGACCUGUCUAGCAGCCAUGAAAUUGUUCAGAGAGAGCAAGCGACAUUUGAUUGCUAAUUUAGGCGUUAUGGGAACUGGCAACGCAGAAGAGGCCGCACAUUUGUGGUAUGCCUGUAUACUGUUUGCUGUUAAAAGUCUGUCGAAUAAAACCACUAGCGACAAUUUGGAGGAGGACACCGUCGCAGGAUUCACGCUAUCUCAGAUUUUGAAGGCUACGAAGCUUAGACUCAUAGACUUCUUCAAAGAAAUCCCGCAAAUAUUAGCCAAAGUUGGCCCAGAGUUGUCGAGCAUGUAUGGUGAAGAUUGGGAGAAACGUCUUCAGGCAAAGGAGCUCCAAGCAGACUUCUACUACCUGACAGUCUUAUUCAAUUACUAUAAGCGUGUGUACUACAACUUGUUCUCUGACGAAGGCCCUCGGGGUUCACUUUCUGGAUCACUCGGAGGAGGUGCAACUUCUAUCCAUAUGAGAUUUGGAUGGAUGCUUUUUCUUGCCCUCCGGAUGCGUGUUCUUAGUCGGUUUAUGGAUCUGGUCACGUACAUCAACGGACUCCUUGCAGUUGUGAUAAUUAUGAUUCUGCACAUGCCGCCAUCUUUGAGGAAGUUCACCUUUGAAGAUGAAGCUUUUUUCAAAGAGAGGUCUGCGGAUGGGCGUGUUAAGCUCGUCGCUUCCCUAUGUGCCCGUUAUCAUGAUGCUUCUGAAGAAGAUGUAUCUAAGAUGGUUGAGAAAGCAAGUAGCAUGAUUGGGGAUCUCUUUAGGAAAAGCAGUAGCUUCAGGACCCGGAGUCAUGCAGAGCAAUUAGCUGGCAUUGAUACAGAGGGCCUUGCUUACUUCGAAGGUUUGAUGGACGAACGCUCAGUUUCAUCCAACCUGCGUAUUGUGGAGAAGGAUUAUGAGGAGGCUUAUCACAGUCGAGGAGAACUUGACGAGCGGAUGUUCAUCAACGGAGAGGAGAAUUACUUAGGAACUCUUUCCUCCGGCACUCCUUCAACCAGUUCUGGCUCAAAGCGCAAAUACGAGGCAAUCAGUUCUCCAAAUCAAGCAGCAAUAUCAACAGGAGUGUGCCCAUCUUCGCCUUCGUCCCCUUGUUCAUCCCCUGUGAAAGCAAGUGCUGCGGGCCCUAUCAACAAAUUGCCAGCCGGUACACCUGUGAGUGUCACCAUGUCAACAGUAAAGUGGCUUCGAACUGUAAUAUCUCCGCUGCCGGCGAAACCUUCGCCUGAACUGCAGCAGUAUUUCCAGUCCUGUGAUCAGGAUAUUACGAAUGAUGUAACGUACAGAGCUCAAGUGUUACUUGAAGGGAUCUUCUCAAACGCCGGAGCUAACAAAACGCGUGACAGUAAAGGCUCUGUGGUGCUAGAUAGUGGUUGGGCUGAACAGCGACGUCAGGAAGCUCUAAAGUUGUACUACAGGGUUCUGACUGGCAUGUGUAAGGCGGAAUCUCAGCGUCUAGGCAACAAGAAUCUGUCCCUUCUUUUGACCAAUGAGAGGUUUCAUCGGUGUAUGCUUGCGUGCUCAGCAGAGCUGGUACUGUAUACGCAUAAAACCGUGAAGAUGACAUUUCCAGCAGUUUUGGAGCCGACGGGAAUAACUGCAUUCGAUCUCAGUAAGGUGAUCGAAAGUUUUGUGAGACACGAAGAAACGCUUCCAAGAGAGCUUAAGCGUCAUUUAAACUCAAUGGAGCAGCAAAUACUUGAGAGUAUGGCCUGGGAAAAAGGGUCUUCAAUGUACAGUUGGCUUAUCGUUGCAAAGAAGAACCUGGCUGAGACUAUAAACAGGAUGGGUCUUAUGGCUGAACCUAUGCCUUCCCUCGAUUUUCUUGGACAACAAAAUCGAAUUCUGUCAGGCAACACUCAGCAGUUGAGAGACGGAGCAGCUGAGGGGUCAGGUGCUUCUGGUUCACCUCAGAGAGUGGUUGUACCAUCAGCAAGCAACACUCAUGGUCCACCUGUCGUAAGCAAUGGAUCGUCAGAGGUUUCCUGUAGUUUUAGAUCUCCUGUGAAGGAGCGGACGUCUGCAUUCUCUGCCUUUACCUCUCCAGCGAAAAAUCGUAUACAACCCACACUUCAAUUAGCGUUUGCCAGUCCUCAAAGGCCUAGUCCGCUUGGUGGAGGGGAGACAUGUGCUGAAACUGUCAUCAACGUGUUUUUCCAGAAGGUUUUAAAACUAGCAUUCGUACGAAUCAAGGAUCUGUGCUGUAGGUUACAACAGUCAAGUGAAGUGUGGGAUCAAGUAUAUAGAGCAAUGCAGCAUAUACUUCACAAAGCAACCCAUUUGUUUUUCAAACGACAUAUUGAUCAACUGAUACUUUGCAGCAUAUAUGGCGUUUGCAAGGUGAGGAAAGCGGAUGUGACUUUCAAGAAAUGUAUAGAGCAGUAUGGGAAGCAGCCCCAGUGCAAGUCACAUGUUUUUCGAAACGUUUACAUCGAUAUGCCGGUCAGGGGAGAUAGUAAAAAUGGACAAGGGACAGGAGAUAUCAUUAAAUUCUAUAAUGAGGUUUUUGUUCCUGCAACUAAACUUUACUUGCAACAUCUCGGUUCAAGCGCUGUAGUAUCGGCUCCCAUGACGAAUCGGAAUGGAGACGAGGACCGUAAUGACACAGAUGGACCGGGACCAGGAUCACCCAAAGUGCCUUCUUUUGUUGCACUUCCAGACAUGUCUCCAAAGAAAGUGUCUGCCACUCACAACGUUUAUGUAUCACCUUUACGAGCUACAAAGAUGGAUACGAUAAUGUCACCUCAUACUCGAAGUUUAUAUGCAUGUGUCGGCGAAAGUACCCAUGCUUAUCAAAGCCCCUCGAAGGACUUGUCAGCUAUUAACCACCGGUUAAAUCCCAGGCGGGUUGGUGGUAGAUUGGACUUUACGGAAGCGGGAUGCGAUUCCCGUCUAGUAAGUGACUCACUGGUGGCCGGGAGUUUGUAUCCUUGUACGAGAAAUGGGAAUCAUCAUACAACUCCUGCUUGGACCAUGGCUGCCCCACUCCCUCCCUCUCCUUUGAAGCGGCCUCGUCCUGAUAGGUAGUACUGACGAAAAUUUGUGUCCUUCUACGAGUCUAGAACGAGAGGUGGUCUUUUCUUUGUCAAAUUGGAAUUGGGUGUUUUUGUGUUGCAACGUAAACCUCUAGGGUCAGUCGAAGCAGACGUGUACAUGGAUGUAGUUUUGCACAAUCGAAUUAACUAGUAAUAGUUCUAAAAUGUCGUUGGUUGCUUGGACAUUGGGUAUGUGGGUCUGGUCAGUAGACCUGCCAUGCCCUGCGAUGACCCCAAGCUUCAAGUGCCGAAGUUGUUAAGUCACCAGGGACCGGUGUUGGCGUAGAGGGGUUACUGGUUGGGAUUCCCUUCUUAGAUCUGCCGUGCUAAUUUGUCCCACGAAGUCAUGUCUGCCCAAAGCGAGAGCUGCUGAGCUUCGAGUGGUGGAUCAUGCGGAAACACAAAUAAAGGGUUAAGAGAGAAGUCUUGCCCAGCAAAGAUCCUGGGGAAACAUGGGUAGGGGUGCUGUCUUUGUUUGCUUUAGGUCAAUAAUCUUAACUAUGAAAGAAUAUCCCAGCAACACCACAGUAGGUGAGCCUUAAGGCGGAGGGUGCGCCCUCUAUGACUGGCCUGACUAGCCACUCUUUAGUUGCCGCAGGUUAAUAGAUCAUAACUUAGAUGUGAUAUAUUUGGAAAUUUUGCUGUUAGCAGUGAGUGACCUGGGCCCACCCUCUUUACAUAACAGUUAAAAUUGCAGAUUUGAGGUCAUCCAGACACAAUGCCCAGGACAAUGACCAGGCCUGUGUGUCUGAUGUAUCCAU